AUGAGAUUACCGACGGAUCGUAAAUUGCAGCAACAUUUAAAAAAUGAUCAUGAUCCACAAAAACUAUUUAUAUGUGAUGAGUGCGGUAAAAUUUUUAAAAAUAGUUGCAAUUUAAAAAAACAUAAUGACAUGGAGCAUACUGAAAGGAAAUUAACGCUGGAACCGCAACAAUGCAAUCUGUGUGGUAGAUGGUAUCGUCAUUUGGCUGGUUUGAAAACGCACAUGAAAAACAUCCAUGAGAAUACAAGCGAUGAACAUCGUUGUCAUAUAUGCAGUAAAGUAUCAACUACCGAGAGAGAGAGAGCUCUAAAGCGUCAUAUAUACUUGAAUCAUAAGUGUGUCCCCAAAUUCAAAUGUAGCAUGUGUUCGAAAGCUUUUAAGCGUGGCCAAGAUUUAAAGGAACACAUUUCAGUACGUACGGGUGAGGCGUUGUACACUUGCCCCAAUUGUCCAAUGACUUUUGCGUCCAGUGCCAAUAUGUAUAAACAUCGGCAACGUUUACACAAAACUGAAUAUGAAGCAGAUCGUCAACAAGCCAUUCCUCCGAAUAUCAUAAAACAAGCAAAGACUGGUACAAGCAAAGUUCGUUCUUUUGGUGUAUCUAUUGCUCUUGCAAAUCCGCAGAUAGCAAUAAAUUAGUUUUUACUAUGACACACAUUGAAAAGUUAUAGUAUACAAUAAAUCCGGUGAGACUAAAACGAAAUUUCAAAUUAUAUAUUGUAGGCGUAAAAGGGAAUUACAGAAAGAUAAAGCGGGCGGUAAAUACGAACGUAAAAGUUCAGCACCUAUGCCAA